UUUUGGCGACAGCCACGAACUGCAGGGUCUGCGAAUUCGAAUCUCACCUUUGGCAUGGAUGUUUCUUAAGAAUUGUGACUUGGUGGGGCUUAUCCCAAACAUCAUUUAUCACCUUCAAUACCUCCUUUUCCCCGGACCUUUCUCUGACCAAAUGGUGCAAGUGUUCAAAGUGUUAUAAGGUUAUAUGUGUGACUGCCUGAGUACGGAAGGGAGAAACUGGAAAAAAAGCUCCGUAAGGAGCAGGUAAUGGAUAUAAGGUCUGUGCCAUCUGGCCGCCCCUAAACCUCCCCACUAAUGUAAUAAAUCCAAAAUAUGUAUCGAAGCCGUAACGUAUAUAUCCCAUAUGUAUUUGCAAGUGUAAAUAAAAAUCUAUUAACUGAGAGAUUUAACUACAGACCAGGCAGUAAAAAUCAAGAACGGAAUAAAGUGGCAGUAUAGUACAUCACCCUUCCUGUAGUCGUGCUAAAGAUGGUGUUGGCUAAAGCCACCCACGCGGAAUUAGCGUAGUACAUGGUAUUAGUUCAUACCAUAUUAUACCCAGAUUAUACCCGCCCCGUAAAUUAUGGUUUCGGGGUCGCGAUCGUGAUCAGCACAGCAUUAUUGGGCGUAAUUUGCGCCUAGCAUUGAAAGAAUUUAUACUCUUGCAUGGAGACCAACACAGUCCGCUGACAUUGUCGUGCGAGUAAUUUUGUGUCUUCAGUAUGCAAUAUAUAAGCAUGACAGGCAGAGAGAAUACACCCGGCUACGAUUCGUGAGGAGUCUAGUUCAUUUCUGACCUUUUCUAAUCUUGUCACCUAAUUUGUUCUCUGCAAAUGAGGAAGGAAGUUGCUGCUUGUCAUUGCUUUCGAAUAUCUGUAUCUAGUUGAUCCUGGCAGGCUCUACCAUAGAUUAACAUAUUCAUUCAGGGCUCUACUGCGUUCUCAUCUAGUGUAAUAUACGCAAGACUGCGAGGGUGGCGAACCCCUCGUUCUGGGGAAUGUUAUUGUCCUAACCUCUAAGUCAUGAUCUGAAAGUGUGUACAAAUCUAAUUUUCUUACGUUUAUAAAAAUGAAUGGAGUCAAAUUAGAAGUUCAGUGGUCUCCUGUCCAUGUUGAUAAAUUCAUUACUUGGGGAACUGAAAUAUUUCUUUAUGAAAUUAUUCCACAGAAGGACGCCUUGUCAACAUCUAUAACUGUUUCUGAUACAACAGCUGCCAAUUUGCUUGCUUCAAAUUCAAGUCAUCAUUAUGUCAAGUGUGUUGAUAUAUAUCCUCAGGCAGAACCAGAUCUUUUGUUGGCAAUUGGCCAGGCUAAUGGAAAAGUAGUUUUAACCACAUUUGGGCCAACAACCUUUGAUUCUCGUGGCCUUCCAGGAAAAGAACUAACACCUAGACAUGCAAGGCAAUGUAAUGCUAUUGCUUGGAACCCUUUUGAUACUAAUCUCAUAGUUGCUGGCCUUGACAAAUAUCGAGCAGAACAUUCAAUUCUGGUCUGGGAUGUAUUUAAAUGUUCUCACCAUGUGAUUGAGACAAAAGGAAGUUCUUUUACCAGUAGUUCUCAACAACAGAGCAGUUCUGUUUCUGAACUAGCAAGACCAGUCUAUGAAUUGGGGAUGUCCGAAAUUGUUAAUUCUUUAGCAUGGUUCAAUUUCCAACCAAGAAGUAUUAUUGUUGGGAUGAACAACAAGCAUUUAAGGAUGAUUGAUCUUCGAGACACAUCAAGGACUGUAUGUUCAACUCCUACAAAAGCUGUAUAUGGGCUUGCUGUUGAUCCUCACAACGACUGUCAAUUGGCAUCGUAUUAUGAAAAUCAAAUAUCUAUUUGGGAUACACGCAAUUUUGAAAAACCUGUUCUUACUGUAACUCAGGGAAAACCAGUUACAAAAGUAUUGUGGUGCCCAACAAGACACAGUCUACUAGGUUCUCUGGUCCGUGAUAGCUGCGGAGUUUAUCUUCAUGACAUUCGUCAUACUAUAAUGAGCAAUGAUGAAGUUGAACCUUCUGUUUUGGAACGCUGUAUUCAACCAUGUGCUUCUAGUAACAUCACUUCUUUCUCAUGGCAUCCUUCAAAUGAAAAUCGCAUGUUGACAAUAUCUUUGACAGGAACAAUAAAAGACUAUGUAGUGUUUGAGCGCAUUACAUUGAAUUCUUCACCAAAUUCAGCUAUUCUUUGGAGCUAUGGAAGACGUUCUUUACGAUAUGUUACUGACAAGGAUUCAUAUAUUGCACCAGAAGAUAUAUCUGUGAAAAUAAAAAGAAGAGCAUUGAAUGGAUAUGGCUUGAAAGCCGAGUUUUCAGAAAAUGGAGAUAUUUCUGAAGAUGUAGUGCUGAAGAGAGUAUGGAAGUGGUUGACUGUGAGCCAGAGUCUAUCUGAGGACUCUAACAGUUCACGAGGCCCUAUAUGCAAAUAUCCUGGAGUAAGGCAUGUUUUAAGGAUGGAUGGUAACUUUCAAAAUGGUGCAGCAAGUCUUAAAUCAGAAUUGAAUACCAUUCCUUGGGCUGACUUGUGUAAUGGAAAUGGUUCUAUGGCAAAAAUAUACAAGAGUGAGGAUCGAGAUAAGGCCUUAUUACUAUGUGGCUGGAAGGUAGACAGGGAACCAAAUGCACUUACUUCAUUCUUGAGCCAACUGGAGUCUGAAGGAUCUUUCUCUCGAGCUGCUGCAAUUGCCGUUUUCAAUCUGAAAUUGAGAUUAGCUGUGUCAAUUCUGAAUCGUGGUGCAGCCGCACAGGAAAAAACAGCCUCCAUAACUUCUAAUUUGAACAUUGUAGCUAUGGCUGUCUCAGGAUUCUCUGACGACAAGUCAAGCAUGUGGAGGGAAUUGUGUCUUACUUCACGAUCUCAGUUGGUGGAUCCUUAUCUACGUGCCAUGUUUGCAUUUCUCACUGCAGAUGAUGACAAUUUUGACAAUGUUUUGAAUGAAAACGGUGUAGCUGUGGAAGAUCGUGUGGCAUUUGCCUGUAUGUUUUUGUCUGAUGCGAAAUUGAAUGAGUAUGUACAUCAGUUGAUGAUGAACUUAAUUGCUGAAGGAGACUUGGCUGGAAUCUUAUUGACAGGUAAUAGCAAUGACAGUGUUCUGUUACUACAGAGCUAUUUAGAGGCAACAGGAGAUAUACAAAGUGUCUGUGUAAUAGCAAUUAGAAUGUUUCCCUCUGAAGUAAUUGAAGGUACAACUGUACAGAUGUGGAUCACAAGUUACUGCAUGCUUCUAGAUUCAUGGCAUCUGUGGAAUCAAAGAGCUCAAUUUGAUAUUCUCCUGAGUAUGUGCACUGCCAGUGAAAAACCUCCACAACAGGUCUUUAUCUCUUGCAAUUUCUGUGGAAAGAGUAUCUCAGCUCAGAUGCAAGGCCAUAGUAAAGGAAGAGGCAGUUAUGUUCGAUUGGGAGCAAGUUCACAGAAACUGAAGAUGUCUUCAUGUCCUCAAUGUCGGAAACCUUUACCACGUUGUGCUAUAUGCCUCGUCAAUAUGGGAACUCCAUCUGGUCUUCAGAACAAUAAUAAUACAAACAGCAGUGGCAGAGGAGGAUGCAACAACAAACUGGCUGAGUUUUCGUCCUGGUUUACUUGGUGCCAGUCUUGCAGACAUGGUGGUCAUGCUGCACAUAUGGCCCAUUGGUUUAGGGAACACUCAGAAUGUCCAGUUACUGCUUGCACUUGUCGUUGCCUGUCACUGGAUGCUGCGAGUAAAGUUCCUUCUAUACUGUCACACCAAGUGUAAUGUAUUUGUAAAUAACAGAAACUUGUCACUUAAAUUAUGUAUGUAUAUUUGCUUAUUAUAAAUCAAACUUUCAAAUAGUAUGGCAUUUUUCUUUUAAUCUGUUUUCAUUAAAUUGGAAUAAGUACACUUGUUCUUAAUAUUAUUUCAUGAUACAGCUUAUUCCAAUUUCAUCAGUAUUCAUUAGCAUUUAUUUUUUAGUGUGAAAUAUGGGGGAGAAAAACAUGCUGUGCAAGUAUUCUUGUCCUCCAGAUCAAUAUCCCCUCUCUUUUAGUAUACUUAAUUGAAUUAUAAGGGUAACAAGAAGCAUUUUUGGCAACAUCUGAUAGUGCAAAAUAUUUAUUCCUGCAUAAUAGAAAUUGCCGUUAGAAUCUCAGAUUUCACAAUUAAUCAGUUCAAAAAUAUGUUAAAAAUAUAAUGUAGGAAAAUGUAAGCAAUAUUUCACAUUAGAAAUAGUGUUAAUUCAAUUUCAAUGUAUUCCCGACGCCCAAAAACAAACAGAAAAUACAUGUUAAAUACAAAAGAA